AUGAUGCUCUCCAAAGCCAUUCUGCUAUGCUUUACCGUACUCACUAGCAUCACCGUCGGUACUGCCCCCGCAAGAGACCCCAACGACACGAUGCCAGUUUUUCUCAACCACAAAGGCAAGCCCAUACCCGUCGACAAGCCCACUCUCAACCCUCCGGUCUUGGACAUAAGCGAGUACCUGGUCAAACAGCUCAAGCACCAGACAGUAAACGAGCUCAAGAUGUGGAACGACAGCAAGAUCAACUACGCGUGCAAGAAGAUCUUCGCUAAAGAAGGCUACAAAGUCGAAGACAUUGAGAUGUUCGAGGUUGAGUACGAAGAUUGCUAUGAGAAACCAUGGGUCAUGUGUCGCCACAAAGACGCUUGGUACCAGCCCGACCUCAUGAACUUCUACAUCGGCCUGAUUCCCGUCAACAUGCGUAGAUUCAACCGCCACUUCAUCGCGCUGCCAGCCGACGACAAAGGUGGUCGAGAUACGUACAACGACUACGACACCAUUGUCUGGAAAGGGCAAGCCAGCCUACACAAUAUCAUCGCCGAGUCCGCAAGGUCAAUGGGCCAGUACGUAGGCGGAGGUUUUGGAAUCUGGAGUUCCGGUACUCUCAUGUGGUCCGAUCAGACGUGGUCCGACCUCGUCGAAAAUAACGCCACAGCGGUGAUGAACCCUACGUCUCAGAUUUCCCUCGAAGAGGCAUUUGCUCAGACUAUGGUGUUUGCCCUCGCGGAGUUUUCGGGCAUACCUUUGGCUUCUUUCAUCCCCGAGUAUGAGAAGAUUCGGCAGGUGGUAUUCACUUUGUGGGAGAGCUUCAUGUGGGUCUUGACUGCCAAUGACCAAGUAUUUUGUCAGGAGAGGAUUUUGGAGGAUAGUCCGGCGGGUUUGCCGGGGCAGCUACCGGAUAUUGAGGUCUAG